CUGCCCUGAGGGCUGGGGAGAUGAGGACAAAGGGGUAUGUGACACAGGGACAGCUCACAAAGUGCCGCAGGGGAUAAAUAUGGCUGCGCAGGGGUGAAGACUGAGUGGUUACUCCUCCUCGCCAGGACUGCAGUAAACCACUCUCUCUGGAUCCCACCUUACAGCGCUACAACCUGACAGAUUUGGUCUGAUUUCCUCAUUCCCUACAGCUUCUCCUGACCCCCUGCACCCCCAGCAAUACUCUUUGCUGCCUCUCCCCUUCCCCGCACCUCAGCAGUAGUCUGUGCUCCCACCUCCCCUUCCCCUGCCCCCCAGCAGUACUCUGUGCUCCCACCUCCCCUUCCCCUGCCCCCAGCAGUACUCUCUGCUCCCACCUCUCCUUCCCCUGCCCCCAGCCACACUCUUUGCUCCACCCCCACCCUUGCCUCUAGGAGGCCUGAGACAUAAAGAAGGCCUGUGGGGCAGGUCAGGGUCCAGAGACCUGCUGGGAGCUGCCUCCUGGGACCUGGGCGCAGCUGCUCCCUCAACUGUCAACAAGAUCGAGACCCAGUGACCCGCCUGGCCAGUGCUGCUGCUGCAACACAGCUGCUUGCCAUGAGCAGCGAGUGUCAUCUACCCUAUUACACGGCUCAGAGCGGCUCUGCCAGGGGCAUGUUCAACACCACCUUGGGGAAGCUGCAGCGCCAUCUGCGGAAGGGGGAGCAUGACAUGUUGAAAGAUGUCCUGAUCUUGGAGAGCGACUUUAUUGAGAUCAGCAGAAAGGGAGAGGUGAGUGACAUGCACCACCGCAUCUCAUCGGUGACUGUGGGCAUCGCAUGCACCAGCCCCAUGCUCCCCCUUCCCGACAUCAUGCUCCUGGCCCGACCGGCCACCAGCUGCGUGGAGCCUGCUGCCCGGGGCACCAAGGGGAGAGGCCGCAGCUGUAACACGGCUUUAGAGCUCACCAGGCUCCUGCCCCUGAAGUUUGUGAGGAUCUCUGUCCUUAAUCGGGAGAAACAGCAGCUGCGCCUGAAGUUUGCCACUGGCCAUUCUCACUACCUGCAGCUGUGUCCCCCUCUAGAUGGCCGGGAAGACCUGUUUAGUUACUGGGAACAACUAAUUUAUCUCCUGCGACCCCCAGUGGAAGGUAACAGCAAUACCCACGCCGUUGCAGCUGAGGACGUGAUAUGCAUGCCCGUGUUUGAGGAAGUUGACAGAACAAGCACAGCAAGUGGGGAUUUCCUUGGAAUGGGUGACCUGGACCAAGUCAGCAUCAGGAGCCUCCACGUGUUGUCAGAGGUGUCUGAGGCCUCCUCUGCUGCUUUUGCCGGGGGAGAGGAGAUCAAAUAUGCCCCCCAGAAACCCACUAGCACACCGGACGUGUCCACUCCCAAACCUGCACAGCCUGCCAAAGGGGCCGCGUCUGGGGCACUAGCAGGGGCGGCAGGAAAGGGCACCGCAGCAGGCGUCAUGGGCGCCACCGAGUCUACGUCUGCAGAUCUUGAGCCCAUCAAAGUGGCAAUAGCAGGAGCAGCUGCCAAGGGACCAGGAGGAAGCAGAGGCAGCGAGGCCAUUGCGGGUAUCGCCAGCAUUCCCUCAAAGAGAGCUAAGUUUACCGUGGCACGUGCUGCGAGCAAGACUUCAGAGCAUACACACAGUACAGCAGUUUCCGCCACCAUCUCUCCAGAGAGCAGCGUGAGUGUGGAGACUGUACAAGCAACAUCUGCCAGCAAGACUGUGGCAACAACAGCUCGAGGCUCGGCAGUGGGACCUCCUGCCCCCACCCUGGUGAGGGAAGGCCACAAGGCUGGACGGGAGGCAGGCCAGCGGGUCCCCCAGACGAAUGCAGAAGCCCAGAAGCCCAGAGGGAAUACGCGGGAACAAAGGGAUAAGGUCAGAGCCCUCUGGAGGAAGAGUUCCCGCCCACCCAAGACAGCUGACAGUCAGAAGACUAAGGCACCCGAGAUGGGCCAGAAAUCACUGGGCCGCUCCUUGGCCAACCGCAGAUCCACAGAAGUGGACAAGAAGGAAAAAAGCCUUGGGAGCCGAGGGGACAGCAGGCGCGCUGCCACUCGGAAAAUUAGCAACCACACACCCAGCACAAAGGAAUCUAAAACAUCUCCCAAAUCAGGGAGGAGCCUCUCACCAGGGAGUUCGGGCUCUAUGAACUCCAGGCACAGCAGGAUAAGCUCCUUCUUGAAAAAUGUGAAAGCCAAACUGAGAAAAAAACCAGCAGCCUCGCCCCGUGGUACGGAAGUGGCCGUGUCUGAGACGGUGGAGGGGAGCAGCGUGGCGGUCAUCCUGGAGAGAGCAGAGUGUGACCAAGCGGUCACCAUCGGUGUCGUGACAGCUGAGACUGUGGAGUCCGUGACCGCUGAAGCCCGGGAAACAGCCAGAGCCAGAAGCAACACAGAGGACCGGGGCCCAGGGGAGUAUCCCCACAGGGACCGUUCCCCGCCUUCCCCAAUGCUGUUCAAAUAAACACAUUUCCGCAGAAUGGCCUGCUGCGCUGUUUGAAUUUCCGUAUCUGCUGCACCCCAGCAGCGACCUCACACUGGACUGUGAUGGCAGCUGUGCCGCAGCAAUGACCAGGCGGGGGACCCCUCCUCGCCCAGGCUCGGCAGAGCUGUACGGAGCACUCGGGAGGGCUCCCUCUUGCCAACCCCUUUCUGGUUUUGGCUCCUCAGGGCUGUGGCUGAGUCAGAUCCUAGGCUGGGAAGCUCUACAAAGUAACAGUAGCCUUGUUAUGAAAACUCCCUUGGAUAUUCAGGGAGGAGAGGGGUGCAGCAGCAUUUGUUGCAGUCAAAACAGGGAAGAUGAGCAAUUCCACUCCCAAGUAUCUAUCCUGGAGAAACUGUCACAUGUGUUCUAGGAGACAUCUACAAGAACGCCUAUUGUGUGACAGCGAAACAGUGGAACAGCCCAGAUUUCCAACAGUGGGAAGUCAAUAGGGAGAUGUCAUAGAACAGAGAAAAAUGAAUAGCACACACACAUUUAGCAUAGAUGAAUCCCGGAAUGUUGACUUUUUAAAAAGCAAUCCACAAAAUACAUGAUAAUUUCAC